UCGAAGCGGACGAUAGGUACACUAUAAGCGUCCACUUUCAAGGUCAAUAGCGUCCAUGUUGGGUCUCUUCAUCUUCUUCUUCUCUCACGUUCUCCCUCUGUUCUCCUCUGCAAUCCGUGGCCAGCACUCUAGAACCCGCAGGUGUGUUAUUAUUCUUUCCCUCUCUCUCAUCCUCCACCAUGUAUUCAUGUAUUAUCGUUUAAUGGUUGAAGAAAUCGAGUCCCACAAAGCAAUCUCGAGCAACAGCCCAUAUUGUAAGAGGAUUUGUUUGAACUGGAGCACGAAUUCUAUCUCAGACCUUAAACCUCGCCGACCCAGAGCGAUCUGUUUGGUAAUUUGUCGGGUAUUGAGUUGAUUUUGCAUAAUUUGGGAGCUGUUUUUGCCACACCCAAACUGUAUAUUGAAGAAAUCGAGUCCCACAAAACAAUUUCGAGCAACAGCCCAUAUUGUAAGAGGAUUUGUUUGAACUGGAGCACGAAUUCUAUCUCAGACCUUAAAUCUCGCCGACGCAGAGAUUGAUCAUAACAAUGACAGCAAUACGACACAAACCUGUUCGAGCAGUACGAGGCCCAAGCCAAGGUCAAGGCCGAGGCCUUAUUGACGAGCGUGAGAGUUCGAGUUCGAGUCCCAAUUCCAAGUUUGGUGAUACAAGUAUGCAAAUGUCGCCCCCCACCGAGUUAGUGGAGGGGCAUCCUUCGCACGAGUCUUCUAAUCCCAUUCACUCAAUGGCAAGAUUGGAUUCACAGGGAGCCGCCCCUACUACAUCUUCUAGCACGACUGUGAGAAGGGUAAGGGGUAAGACAAAGUGUAAGAAGUUGAGUGACCACGUACUUAAGAAUGGUCCUAUUGUUCUAAACAUCCCAAAUAAACACCGGGCACCUAUAGGCGAGAAUGCAGCGUGGUUUGCGAGCAAGAUUGGAGAACUUGUUCGUAACAUGUGCGAACUCCAUCACGAUGAAUGGAAAAAGGUCCCAACUGCGCAAAAGAGCAAGCUAUUAUACCAUGUUAAGUCAAACUUCGAAUUGAAUAUGGGACGAUACGAGCACAACAAAGCUGUUGAGAAUAAAAUGGGUCGUGCAUAUGCUAGACUUCGUUCGAACUUGUAUAGGGACCAUUACAAGAAAUAUUUUGAAGGCGUUAAAGCAAACGAUGAUGAGGCGAUUGCCAGGGCUAAGGCUCUUGGGCGGGAAACAUUGCCGGAAGGGUAUAGUCCUGAUCAAUGGAAACUAAUAUGUGACUCAUUUGAUGCGACAUCAUGGAAGAAAAAGUCUGAACGAAAUAAAAAAAAUAGAAGCUGCUUGGAAACAAAGCAUACAUCUGGCACUUGUUCAUUUGUCAAUGUCAUUUACAAACAUGAACAAGAAACAAAAGUCAAGCCCAAUCAUGUUGAUCUAUAUAAGUAUACCCAUCUCAAAAAAGAUGGGACUUUUGUGAACUCCAAAUGUGAAAGUCUAUUUAUUGAGAUGCGAGAAUUAACAAGCAGCGAGGCCAUGGAGGAUGGCAGUGUGGAGGAGCGCAUGGAAGAAAUAGUAACAAAAGUGCUAGGGGGUCGACGAUCUGGGCAUGUCAGAGGAAUGGGAUGCGGUCUUAUACCUACCCCUUUAAGUUCAUCUCAAGCGCAAUCGUUCACCCAAUCUGACAACCAUGACGAGUGCAGGAAAAGACUUGAAGAGACUCAAAGCGAACUUCAAGGGACAAAGGCCACUCUACAAGUGUCACUUGCCAAAACCGCUAGGCUGGAGGAAGUAACGGAGAAAAUGCAAGCCACUGUUGAUUUCUUAAUGUCACGUAUUGGAGGGUUAGAGAAACUUUACCUAUUCGUUAAUUUUACAAAAACACACAUAUUAAGUAAUAGUUAGAAAGCUUAUUGAUUAUUAUAUGAAAUUCUAUUAUUCUUAGGUCCGGAGGGGGAGCUUGAUUGUAGGUGAAUCAAGCCAAGCCAACAUUUGAGGGAGCUUUGGAAUAACUAGGUGGUUGGGAAUUUUUUGAUACUAUCUAUUUAGGAUGUAUUUUUUGAUACCAUCUAUUUGGAAUGUAUUUUUUUAUACUGUGUAUUUAGGUAGCUAUUGGUACUUUCUAUUUGGUACUGUGUAUUUGAGUAUUUGUUGGUACUUUCUAUUUGGUAAUGUAUAUUUAUUGGUACUUUCUAUUUGGUGAUGCAUAUUUGGGUAUUUGUUGGUACUUUUUAUUUGGUUUAUAUUAUGUUAAGAUAUUCGCAAAAUUUUCGGUUCAAGAACGUUUGAGUUAGUAAAUCUCCCUUGGCAUGUUUAUCAAGGUCAAAGAACUUUGAGUAAACAAUGUAAGAGAGUAAUAAUAUCUUUUUAAAUUUUCUUUUUAAGUGUAUGCAGGAUGACAAGAGUACAAGAAAAUUAAACCACCCAAGCAGAUUACUCAAAUUGCUGAUGAGAAUGAAUUGGCAAGGAAGAGGAUGCAGGUUUGAGACUUGAAGUUUGCUGAUCCAUACAUAUUUCAAGCAAUUUGCAUCUACUCAUCCGCGAACUAUUCAAUAAUACCAUAACAUUCCUGACCAGCCAAUUACUGCUAUUGUUUCCUCACCUGUACCAGCAUUUCAGCGACAGCAACGCCAUUGCUUUGGGGAUUCCAUCCCCGGAGAAUUCCCCUUGUCUGCCAACCCCUCCAUUGUCCUCCAUGUCCUGACAGCAUGUCAUUUGGAUCCUCAAGAUCUUGCAAACUAGAGGCAAGUGUCCUUAUUAUGUACAUUUUGAGAAUAAAGAUGUUUUGCAAUGUUAGAAUUGAUAAUGCUGCUGACUUGAUUUUGAAUGUGCCUGUUGCAGGCAACGUGCUCCUUCUUUAGGCAGCCUGCAAACUUUCCUCAUUAAUUGACAACUCUGAGUUAUUUUUGGUAUUUUUCUGUCAUGAAAUUUUUAUUCUUUUCACUAGGAUCAUUUAUAUAUCUUUUGAAUAUAGACACAUCUUUUAAAAUUGUUUUAUUUUUUUAGUUAGUUAGGACCAUUUAGUGGACGCUUAUGAUGCCACCAUUAGCGUCCACUUUCGUUUGAACGUUGAUGGUUGAUUUUUUAUUUUUUUUAAGACACAUUAGGUGGACGCUGAUGGUGGAACCAUCAGCGUCCACUUUCGUUUA